CGUUUCUCCUCGGUCUUCUCGACGUUGCGUUUUCCUUUGGGUAAUUCUCGGCUCAUCUCUCUCUCUCUCUCUCUCUCUCCGGAAACCGAUGGCGCUUUGGGAUCAGUGGGUGGAGGCGGCCCUCGUAAAGUUGGCCUCCAAGAAUCUCUUGCGCUCAACCCGCCCCAUUUCCCUCACGCCGGCGUACUUUCCCGCCGACGAGGUCGAGACGUUCGAUGGGCCUCGCCAGUGGGACCGGUCGUCGGUUGAGGUGGAGAUGGAUGAGCGCGCCUUCCGCGAAUGGCUCUCGGAACUCCCUGACCCGGGAGGCGAGUCCAUCGCUAAAGAUGAGAACGUGAGUAGGAAGCUGCUACUUUUCUCAGGGAACGAUUACUUGGGUUUGAGUUCCCAUCCGGCUGUGCGGAAGGCUGCUGCAAAGGCAGCCCAAGAACAUGGUAUGGGUCCAAGGGGUUCUGCUUUGAUCUGUGGCUACUCUAAUUAUCACAUGCUACUUGAAGCUUCAUUGGCAGAACUGAAGAACAAAGAGGAUUGCCUUCUUUGUCCUACUGGAUUUGCUGCCAAUGUGGCUUUCAUGUCAGCUCUUGGAAGUAUUUGUUCUCUGUUGGCUGUUGGUGGCCGACCAUCCGAAGAUCAGAAGAUUGCUAUUUUCUCAGAUGCCUUAAACCAUGCAUCAAUAAUUGAUGGGAUUCGUCUUGUUGAGCGGCAACAAGAAGCUGAAGUAUUUGUGUACCGGCAUCGUGACAUGGUCCAUCUCAAUGCUUUGUUGUCAUGUUGCAAGAUGGCAAAAAAGGUCGUCAUUACUGAUAGUCUAUUCAGUAUGGAUGGAGAUUUUGCUCCCAUAAGUGAUCUUGUUGAGCUUCGCAAGAAGCAUGGUUUUCUGUUGGCCAUUGACGAUGCUCAUUCGACACUUGUAUGCGGGGAGAAUGGUGGAGGUCUUCUAGAAGUCUAUGGAUAUGAAAGUGAUGUUGAUAUAUGCAUAGGCACUUUGAGUAAGGCUGUCGGCUGCCUGGGUGGUUUUGUUGCUUGCAGCAAUAAAUGGAAACAGCUAAUACAAUCAAGAGGUCGCUCCUUUAUCUUCUCAACUUCACUCCCAGUGCCGAUUGUUGCUGCUUCUUAUGCUUCUCUUGUUGUGGCAAGAAAGGAGAAGUGGCGGAGAACAGCGGUUUGGAGUAGAGUGGAUGACUUCAAUGCUUUAACCCGACUUAACAUCACUAGUCCAAUAAUUUCUCUGGUCAUCGGUAGUGAAAAGGCAGCACUUUGUGCAAGCAGACAUAUGCUAGAAUCUGGUUUUCAUAUAACGGCAAUCAGGCCACCUACAGUUCCUCCCAAUUCAUGCAGGUUGCGGAUCACCCUGAGUGCUGCUCACACUUUUGAGGAUAUCAAAAAGCUCGUAGCUGCUUUAUCCCUCUGUUUUGUGUUCCCUGCUGCUGAUCAGAAUGCUCAAAUAGCUUCAAAGCUCUGAAACAUACGGCCGCUUGUAGCCGUUGCAAUUUUUAUUUGAAAACUUCCAGAAGCCCUCUAUAGAUGUGAUAAUAAAAUUUUCGCCUGGGUUUUAAGGACUAGAAGAUUAAUCGAUACGAUACAGAUAGCAAAGAGGAAUUGGAAGGUAAGAAUUCUAUAUUUCAGAUUAGUGGUGUCUUGCUAUUAAUAGAAAUAGCAUAGUAGCUGAUCUAUUUUGUUGCGACUUGACUUCUCGGUGAUAAGUAUGCAAAUCGGACAGAAUGGCAAACAGUGAAACCAGUUUUUGCAGGAGAAAUCAAUUAUUUUUGGGUGCUACUGCACCUCAUAACGUAGAGCUCU